UUGCAACUACUGUCAAAGUCAAAUUCAUGUAGAUCAAUAUAAUCAAAUCUUGAUCAAUAUAAAAAAACCUAUAGGAAUUUUACCUUUUUACGUCUAUUGGAUUAAGUGGGCGGAAAUAAAUAGUUCCUGACAGGGAUAAAUUUUAAAUUUAGUAUAUCAAGGUAUUUUUCCUAUAAACGUUUUUAAAAUGUAAGUCAUGGUCUCUAUGUAUUGAGUCUUUGUAUAUUAUUUGUUCUGCAUUAGUGAAUGUGAAACAGCUUCUAAAACACAGGAAAUUAAUAAUUUGCAAGUUUCCUCUUAUCAAUAUUGAUAAGCUUAUCUUGAUAAGUGAAUAUUAAAAAGAGGUGCAUUUAUCUCCCAAUGCCAUACAUAUUAGUAAGAGGUAACCUAGCUGCAUAUGGGCAAAGAUAUCCUUGGCGAGUUUUGGUUUCAGGGUUAAAAAGUGCUGAUAUUGAGCAACUUAACCGUUUUGCUUCAGGGGGAUAUUGUGACGAUUCUACAAUUGUUUAUAUGCAACAUCCUUGUGUUAUUUUAACUGCCUUGGAAGUUUUAGGGUAUACAGUAGUAGCUUCUUCCAGUACCAGUGUAAAACAGGACUACAAUGAAUAUAUGUGGACAAUGAGAAGGGAAUUUACAGAACCAGAUCCUACAACUGUUUCACCAACAAAAGAUAUAGAAAAAAGCAGCUUUGAAAAAACAGAAGUAUAAUUAGUAUUGUAGAGAAGACUACUAAAACAAAAAGACUUCACAGAAUGGAUAUACCUACAAAUAUUUUAAUGUCAUCAGGAACUUAUGCAUAUGUGGCUGUUAAGGCAUCAAUUCAUGCCCAUGAUAGUGCAGUAUUUGGUUUAAAUGAUGUUGAACUUAAAGCUCUAGUCAAAAGAUUCUCAGACUAUCAUAAAGAUGUUAUAAAUGGUGUGUUAUUAAAGGCAGCUCCUCUUGACGUUGUUAAUGCUUUGGGUCAAAUUGGGUAUCGAGUCGUUGCCACAACUGGCGAAGCUGAAAUAGUUUGGACCAUGCAAAGGGAUCUUUAAGAACUAUAAAUCAUUUAUUAUUAUUAAACUCUAUAUGUUAUGCUGUAUUAAUAAUUGAAAAAAAGGCUGGGGGUAUUUUGCCGCUGGGUUAAGAACCAAAAAAUACCUUAUAGAUAAUAUAUAAAAUAUCAGCGUUUAUAUUUUUUUGAAUAAAUGUAAACUCUAUUUAUACACUUGAAUAGCAAAGCAAUAACAAUUUAUUGAGCUUAAUAAAAUAUAUCAUUUUUGUAUUAGAAAAUAAUGUUAUACCUUUAAGUCUGAAAACUUUAAAUGUUGAUUAUUUUUGAUAUUGGGUCUUCUAAUAAAUGCUAUAAAUUAUAAUAAUGGUCUAAAAGGCUCUAACCAUAUUUUUGCUAUAUGUGUAACUUCUGUUUUAUUUAAGAUCUAGGUGUUUCUAGUAUAAAUAUUUGUAU